AUGCUUGUGUUGAGUUGCCCGUCGGUGCUUGGAGAUCAACACAUUGUUGAGAUACAACCAGUCGGUGAGCCAAUCGCUGAGGAUAUCUCGUCGAUCUCCGAAAUCACUUCCUCAUUCAUUGCCGACGUCUGGUUUUCACAAGUGUGGACCGAUGCGAGACUGGAGUACAAAAAUUUCUCGUGCAAAUCCAAUCUCUCGUUGGACUCAUCGGUGAGCGAAAAACUCUGGACACCGAAUGUCUGCUUUGUGAACAGUAAAAAGACCGAAGUGCACAAAAGUCCAGCAUCAAAUGUUCUUUUGAUCAUUUACCCGAAUGGCACUGUUUGGCUGAAUUAUCGAGUCCGGGUCGAGGGCCCUUGCCGUUUUCAUUUGGCGAAUUUUCCUAUUGAUAAUCAGGAAUGCACGCUAAUCUUCGAAUCGUAUUCGUACAAUGUGGCCGAAGUGCGAUUGAAAUGGCAAGAGUGGAGUCCAGUGACAAUGCCACCGCCUGAUGAUUUCCGAUUACCCGAUUUCCAAUUCUAUAAUGUCACCUGGGGCAUGACGUCGAAUGAGUACACGGCUGGGAUGUGGGAUCAAUUGGAAGUCACGUUUCGCUUUAAACGACUUUAUGGGUAUUAUGUGCUUCAAAUGUAUCUCCCAACAUAUCUCUCCGUGUUCAUCUCGUGGAUCGCUUUCUGGGUCGACACAAGGGCCCUCCCCGCUCGAAUCACUCUCGGUGUGAGCUCAUUGAUGGCAUUGACAUUCCAGUUUGGUAACAUUGUGAAGAAUCUCCCGCGUGUCUCCUUUGUGAAAGCGAUCGAUUUGUGGUUUUUCGUGUGCGUGGCGUUUAUUUUCUUUUCGCUGGUCGAGUUAGCUGUGGUUGGAUUCGUCGACAAAAUCACUGAAAUUCGAAUACGUGCUCAACGAAUGCAGCGUUACAAAGCGGCUCGUGGGAUUUCCGCUUGUAAAAAACUACGCACGGAUGACGUGCGCAUCCCGAUCGCUCCAGUGCAUCGAAGAACGAGUCAAUUUCUGAGGCCUGCCUCGGCGGCGCGCAACUCGUUGGGAAGUAGUGCGUCGAUGACCUCAACCACGUGUCCACUCGCCAAGCAGGAUUCCUCGAUUCGUUUCAGUCAUCUCAACAAUAAUGAUGAGGAAUGGAAAUGCACAAUAAAUAAUUUCUACGCCAGUGGUGGCCGAUUGUCGAUGGCCCGGAUGUCGACACAA